AUGCAGAGCAUACUUCAAGAACCAAGAAAUAAUUUGCAGGGCUCAUCGAAGCCCAUUGUUGCCGACAUAAAAUCUAGGAACAAACGUCUACACAACAAAUCCAGUCCUUUAGGAGAUAUUCGACAACCCAGCAUCUCUACUCUUCGACCUGAUCCAGGAGAAGAACAUCUAUUUAAUAUUGGAAACAAUCCAUUUGCUUUCUCCCCAGGCCAGUUAGGGAAGCUUAUAAAUCCGAAGAGUCUUGCCGCUUUUGUCGCUUUAGGAGGACUCCUUGGGAUAGAAAAAGGUCUACAGAGCGAUUGUCGUGCUGGCCUGGGUAUUGAUGAGCAGUAUAUUCUUGAACCAAUCACGUUCGAGCAGGCAACAACUGUUCCUCCAUCACCUGGCUUACUCAAGGGUAGCCAACGAGGCAGGAAUCUUCCAUUCGUUGGUACCACUGAUAUAUCAAGAAAAAGUUUCGCCGAUAGAAAACGGGUGUUCGGCGAAAACCGGUUACCAGAGCGAAAAUCAAAAUCAAUUCUCCAGUUGGCCUGGAUUGCUCUGCAUGAUCAUGUGCUCAUACUGCUCAGCGUUGCAGCUAUUGUCUCGCUUGCCCUUGGACUAUAUCAGACAUUUGGACAAACGGAACAUGAAGGUGCUAAGGUUGAGUGGGUUGAAGGCGUGGCCAUCAUUGUUGCAAUCGCUAUAGUUGUCAUCGUCGGCGCGCUGAAUGACUGGCAAAAAGAACGUCAAUUCCAGAAACUUAACAUGAAGAAGGAGGAUCGCUUUGUCAAAGUAAUCCGCUCAGGCAACCCUAUGGCCGUGUCCGUCUAUGAUGUAGUUGUGGGUGAUCUUAUGCUUCUGGAACCAGGCGACGUUAUUCCGGUCGAUGGUGUCUUCAUCGAAGGCCACGGUCUAAGUUUUGAUGAGUCUUCAGUCACAGGCGAGUCUGACUUGGUCAAGAAGGUCCCAGCGGACGACGUUCUACAAGUGCUCGUUAACGAAGAAGCACCAGAGCUUAAAAGGUUGGAUCCGUUUAUCGUCUCUGGAGCCCGAGUCUUGGACGGAGUUGGGUCUUUUCUCGUUACUUCAGUUGGACAGAACUCAAGCUACGGUCGGACCAUGAUGUCACUACGGGAAGAUCCCGGACCUACUCCUUUACAAUCUAAGCUCAAUGUCCUCGCUGGCUACAUCGCAAAACUUGGAGGCGGGGCUGGGUGUUUGCUAUUCAUUGUGCUGUUUAUCGAAUUUCUUGUUAGGCUUCCAGGAAACAACGGAUCGCCGGAAGAGAAAGGACAAGAUUUUCUACACAUUUUUGUUUUAGCUAUCACUAUUAUUGUCGUUGCUAUACCCGAAGGCCUACCGCUAGCGGUAACGCUGUCAUUGGCAUUCGCUACUAAGCGCAUGACCAAGGAAAAAAACCUCGUUCGCCACCUUCAAUCAUGCGAAACAAUGGGCAAUGCCACAGUCAUCUGCUCAGAUAAAACCGGUACCCUGACGGAAAACACCAUGACUGUGGUCACCGGCGCACUGGGCGGCGAAGCAUUGCUAUUUGGUGAGAAGGAUCUAAAGCUUGAACUUGAUGCCGGCGCAUCACUGGUACAUAUUGAGAUGCAGCAAUAUGGCCAAAUUCCUGCAGACCAAUUGUCGUCGAAACUUUGCACAGAGUUUCAAGGUCUAUUAAGAACAGCUCUAGCCGUAAAUACUACCGCCUUUGAGAGCGAAGAGAACGGCAGAACGGUAUUUGUCGGCACAAAAACCGAGACGGCCCUCCUUGAUUGGGUUCGUCAAUAUUUUGGACUUGGACCAGUCGCUAUGGAGCGUGCCAACAGCUCACUAGAGCGAUUAUUCCCAUUCAAAUCAGAGCACAAAUGUAUGGGAGCCCUCAUCCGGUUGUCUAAAUCUGAUGGCUACAGCAGCAACGCAAAGUAUCGACUAUUUGUGAAAGGCGCACCUGAGGUUAUACUAGCGCAAUGUAGCGCAUCACUGGUCGAACUAUCGAAAUGUGCCUCCAGUGUGCCGAUGUCAGAAUACCAGAAAGAGGCUAUCAGACGCAUCAUUUUUGGCUUUACGACACAAUCGUUGCGAACUUUGGCUCUCUCGUAUAUCGACUUCCAGCAAUGGCCCCCUCAUUGGCUCCAAACCGACAACACAGCCGCGGGUUCUGACGAUAUUGAGCUCACCGAUGUUCUUCGAGACAUGACCUGGAUUGCCGUUGUGGGGAUUAGAGAUCCCGUUAGACGGGGAGUCCCUGCUGCCGUGGAAGCUUGUCGAGGAGCGUCGGUAUCAGUCAAGAUGGUGACCGGUGACAAUGUUGAGACGGCAAGAGCAGUCGGGAGAGAAUGUGGCAUCUUGAAGACUUUAUCAGGAGAGGAAGGCUUGGUGAUGGAAGGGGUUAACUUUCGCCAGCUUUCCGAUGACGAAAAGGCAGCAGUUGCCAAGGAUAUCUGUGUUCUGGCCAGAUCCAGCCCAGAAGAUAAACGAAUCCUCGUCAAAACUCUACGGAGCCUUGGUGAGAUUGUCGCCGUGACCGGGGAUGGCACGAAUGAUGCACCAGCUCUGAAGGCUGCCGAUGUUGGCUUUUCUAUGGGUUUAUCUGGUACGGAAGUUGCUAAAGAGGCAUCCGACAUUAUAUUAAUGGAUGAUAACUUUGCGUCAAUUGUUAAAGCACUUGGUUGGGGACGGGCUGUCAACGAUUCCGUCAAGAAAUUCUUACAAUUCCAGCUUACCGUCAACAUCACGGCAGUCGUCGUGACAUUCGUUACGGCUGUCUCUGACAGUCAAGAAACUGCAGUGCUCAACGCCGUACAACUACUUUGGGUUAAUCUCAUUAUGGACACAUUUGCAGCCCUUGCGCUCGCGACAGAUCCGCCAACAGGAAGCGUAUUUCAACGUAAACCAGAGCAGCGGACGGCUUCUCUGAUUAGCCUUAUUAUGUGGAAGAUGAUCAUCGGCCAAUCCAUCUAUCAGCUGAUUGUUUGCUUCGCAUUAUGGUUUGCGGGCCCCAAUCUUGGUUAUCCAGAGCCUCAAUUGAAGACUCUUAUCUUCAACGUUUUCGUCUUCAUGCAAAUCUUCAAGCUUAUCAACAGUCGUCGUAUUGAUAACAAGCUCAACAUAUUCGAAGGUUUGCAUCACAAUUGGCUGUUUGUAUUGAUGAUGUCGAUAAUGGUUGGUGGACAGCUGAUUAUUAUUUAUGUUGGUGGUGAUGCCUUUGUCGUUGUGCGGCUUACUGGCGAGCAAUGGGCCAUCUCAAUUGGCCUAGGUAUUGGUUCCAUCCCCGUGGGCAUUCUAAUACGCUUAUUCCCUGACGCAGUCCUACGAAAGUGUGGCGAGAAGAUUAAGAACAUAUGCCCACAGUGGCUGCGCACCUCAGUUAAAAAGAGGGGAGGAGACGAUGAUUUCCCCUCUGUUGAAAAGUAUAACGCGGUUUUCUCAAAUAUCAGGGAUGACCUUGAGUUUCUUCGAAUUGUUAGAGGGGGGCGUAUUCAGCUUUUGUGUGAAAAAUUAACAAGAGCUCGUGAAUUGAGGUCACAGCAUCAUUCUAAGUCAAGCAUUAGCUCCUGCGGCGACGUCGAAGAUAGGAGGAGCGCAUCACUACCUUCGAAACAGUCGGCAGUUUCGCCUAUGUAUUCAGCGAUUGGAAUGCCCGGUAUAAUGGCAGCUAGUGUCGGUGGUCUGUCUCCAUUGGAAACACGAUCUUUUAUUAGCUAG